AUGAUCGUCUGCGACGGCGGCGAACAAGCAAAGCCGGCAUCUCCCCUGAGCUCCCCGAACUUGGCUCUCCCGAUUUUGCUGUGGGUUGGCCGGUUUCGGACUCAACCCGUCGGAGCGCUCCUCGUGACUGGACCGACCCAUGAGAGAGGGUCCCCAUCGCUGCUGAGCAUGGUGGAUCCCCAUGGCGGCAACCUCACCGGCUCGUCAGUAGUGCAGAAUCCCGCCAUGCCUCCUCCACUGCUUCGACGUUCUCGGCGAAGGGUGGUGGGUUUGAGUGGCCCCGUCUCCAGUUUGUCCGUCCGCGGUGGAGUAGUUGGGGAUUGCUUGUGUGGUAGGGCUGGACCCGCAUCAUUCAAUUACGAAGUCACAGCGGGCAUUGCUGGCAGCAACCUUGCCUGCCAGUCUGUCAAAACUGUUGCGGAUGGCGACGGCUGGAACGCCGGGAGAACAGAGAACUGUCGUACAACACCCGGACAACCCUGGGCCAUUCUUCCCAAGACAGCGAGGUGCUGCCGAGACCGCAAGGGUGCAAUUUCCACACAACCCAGUUUUUACGGCAAAACACAAAUUUUUCGGUGGAAGGAGGCAUCCGGAUGGAAUCUUGGCACUAUGUGUGGGGCUCCUGCCCAGACUCCCAGAACCCCCCAGGAUGCCUUGUGGGAAAGCCAGAGGCGCCAGGUGUUGUUGGGAGGAGUGCAGCACUGCCGCAGUCGUGCCCUCUUUCCCUCCUGCUUCGAGAGGACGCGUAGGACAGCCAGCCGCCAGAAGUCCACGGCGAAGUUCCAGGCCUCUGGUCCUCGUCCCAGCCUCGCGCAUCAGCAGCGCUCUACUGCCGAUAUGAGCAGCAGAAGCGUCAAAUUCCGGAGGGCCUCGCCCAACGGCUACGACCACCAACGGAGCGACUCGGGUUUCAGCGACUGCGAGAGCCGCGCCUCCAACCCCGAUCACGACUACCUCGCCCCGGGCUUCGAGGACCAAGGCCUCUACAGCAUCCGCCAGGCCCUCGACACGGCUCGCCAGGAGAGCGAAAAAUGGCGGGCGCGCGCCGAGGACGCCGAGGAGAAGCUCAAGGAGGUCCGCAAUGACUUCGAGCAGACCAAGGCGCGCAUGCGCGCAUUGACCAACGAGAUGGAAAUCGCCAACCAGGCCAAGGAGGCGCUCACCAAGACCAACAAGGAGCUCGUCGAGCAGAACGCCCAACUCCAGGAGACGGUCAAAGACCUGAAGAAGGCCAACCGCAAGAGCAGUGGCGCCUCCUCGCCCUCGGCCUCCAGCGCCACCGCCUCCGAAUCCUCCGACGAGAAGAAGGUGCGCCGCAGCGCCAGCAAGCGCCGUAAGGACCCGUCUUCGAGACCCGAGAAGGAGAAGGAGCGCGACCGUGGCCGGGAUAAGGAACGGGACAAGGAGCGCGAUCGCGAGCGGCACAAGGAGAGCCAGCGCGCCCUCCAGGAAGAGACAGAUCGCCUGCGCAAGCGCUUCGACACGCGCGGCGACGAGAGCGACGCCAAGAGCAGCACGACGGCCACCAAGAGUCAGCGCGGCCGCCACGAGAGCAGCUACAUUGAGCCCCUCGGCCACGGCGCUCCGAGGCCUGUGGCCGCGGUUCCCGCUUCCCCGUCACGGCCAUACUCGGCAUACCCGGCGUCCACCGCGCCGACUGCCUACUCUUCCACUCCCGCCUACGCGAGCAUCCGCGAGACCUUACCGCGCUCGCUCCACCCCGCCGUCUACGUCGCCGACGACUACAACAACUACGGCGCAGCGGACGACGAAGAUCCCGCCUACGCCCACCCUCUUCCCCGGUCUACCCGGCACGCGAGGUAA